GCGGCCGAGUAGCCGCUGCUCCCGGAGCCGGGGGCGAGUGCCGCCGCAGCCAGUCAGGCCCCUGGGUGAAGCGGGGAGGAAAAUGAAGAGUUUUCAUCGGAAUCCGUUGGAAAUAGGACUGACUGCAAAGCCUUAAAAAGAAGGACCUCGGGAGGAGAAACGAAAAGCCUCCUUCGGGCAAGACUUGGCGUCCUCCGAGCCGAGGGGCUGCUUCAGGGACCUCGCCCCCUCCCUUUCCCGCUGGAGAAAUUGCCGCUGAUGCGUUAUCCAAGUGGUGGUUGGGAGGAUUUGCAGCAGAAUUUUUGGUUUUCCCUCCCCCUUAUAUACAUUCUGUUUUUUUCCUCCCUUUUCGAUUUUCUUUCUUCCUGGGAAGUGAAUUGCUGAUGCACAUCGGACUUAAUUCAUUAAUGAUGCAACCGGAUUCGUUUCAGGAUUAUGUUGCACGAGUUGAAUUUUGAAUGAAGGAGAAGAGUUUUUUUUUUUUAAAGAAGUGUUGACUUUUUGGUUCGCUGUACUUUUAAUUAUUUUAUUUAAAUAUACAACUUAAUUAUUCUUUUUAAAAUGUGUUAAAUGUGUAUUUUACGGUAACUUUCCCUCAAAUAUAUGUAUAUUUGCGAAAUUGAAGACGCUACAGUUAAGUGAGUUACUGGUGUGUUGGAUGUUGAAUUCAGCCCCGGCAUUGCAUGACAGUUGUUUGAAUAACAAGUGGUUUAUUUUUUAAAACCACACCUUUUAAAAUUUAGGUUCAAAUAAUCAUAGUAAAAAUCGUUAUAGUAAUUGAAAGAAAAACCAGCAGAAAUAAAGCAAACAUGUCCGGAGAAGUGCGUUUGAGGCAGUUGGAGCAGUUUAUUUUGGAUGGGCCCGCUCAGACCAAUGGGCAGUGCUUCAGUGUGGAAACGUUACUGGAUAUACUCAUCUGCCUUUAUGAUGAAUGCAAUAAUUCUCCAUUGAGAAGAGAGAAGAACAUUCUUGAAUACCUAGAAUGGGCUAAACCAUUUACUUCUAAAGUGAAACAGAUGCGAUUACAUAGAGAAGACUUUGAAAUAUUAAAGGUGAUUGGUCGAGGGGCUUUUGGAGAGGUUGCUGUAGUGAAACUGAAAAAUGCAGAUAAGGUGUUUGCCAUGAAAAUACUGAAUAAAUGGGAAAUGCUGAAAAGAGCUGAGACAGCAUGUUUCCGUGAAGAAAGGGAUGUGUUAGUGAAUGGAGACAAUAAAUGGAUCACAACUUUGCAUUAUGCUUUCCAAGAUGACAAUAACUUAUACCUGGUUAUGGAUUAUUAUGUUGGUGGGGAUUUGCUUACUCUACUUAGCAAAUUUGAAGAUAGAUUGCCUGAAGAUAUGGCUCGAUUUUACUUGGCUGAAAUGGUGAUAGCAAUUGAUUCAGUUCAUCAACUGCAUUAUGUACACAGGGACAUCAAACCUGACAAUAUAUUGAUGGAUAUGAAUGGACAUAUUCGGUUAGCAGAUUUUGGUUCUUGUCUGAAGCUGAUGGAAGAUGGAACGGUCCAGUCCUCAGUGGCUGUUGGAACUCCAGAUUAUAUCUCUCCUGAAAUCCUUCAAGCCAUGGAAGAUGGAAAAGGCAGAUAUGGACCUGAGUGUGACUGGUGGUCUUUGGGGGUCUGUAUGUAUGAAAUGCUUUAUGGAGAAACACCAUUUUACGCAGAAUCUCUGGUGGAAACAUAUGGAAAAAUCAUGAAUCACAAAGAGAGGUUUCAGUUUCCAGCUCAAGUGACUGAUGUGUCUGAGAAUGCUAAGGAUCUUAUUCGAAGGCUCAUUUGUAGCAGAGAACAUCGACUUGGUCAAAAUGGGAUAGAAGACUUUAAGAAACAUCCAUUUUUCAGUGGAAUUGAUUGGGAUAAUAUUAGAAACUGUGAAGCACCUUAUAUUCCAGAAGUUAGUAGCCCAACAGAUACAUCGAAUUUUGAUGUGGAUGAUGAUUGUUUAAAGAAUUCUGAAACAAUGCCCCCGCCAACACAUACUGCAUUUUCUGGCCACCAUCUGCCAUUUGUUGGUUUUACAUAUACUAGUAGCUGUGUUCUUUCUGAUCGGAGCUGUUUAAGAGUUGCAGCUGGUCCCACUUCAUUGGAUCUUGAUGUUAAUGUUCAGAGGACUCUAGAUAACAACUUAGCAACCGAAGCUUAUGAAAGAAGAAUUAAGCGCCUUGAACAGGAAAAACUUGAACUUAGUAGAAAGCUUCAGGAGUCAACUCAGACUGUCCAGGCUCUGCAGUAUUCAACUGUUGAUGGUCCACUAACAGCAAGCAAAGAUCUAGAAAUAAAAAACUUAAAAGAAGAAAUUGAAAAACUAAGGAAACAAGUAAGAGAAUCAAGUCACUUGGAACAGCAACUUGAAGAAGCUAAUUCUGUGAGGCGAGAGCUAGAUGAUGCUUUUAGACAAAUCAAAGCUUAUGAAAAACAAAUCAAAACACUACAACAAGAAAGGGAAGAAUUAAAUAAGGAACUAGUCCAGGCUAGUGAGCGAUUAAAAAACCAAUCCAAAGAGCUGAAAGACGCACACUGUCAGAGGAAACUGGCCAUGCAGGAAUUCAUGGAGAUCAAUGAGCGGCUAACAGAAUUGCACACCCAAAAACAGAAACUUGCUCGCCAUGUCCGAGAUAAGGAAGAAGAGGUGGACCUGGUGAUGCAAAAAGUUGAAAGCUUAAGGCAAGAACUGCGCAGAACAGAAAGAGCCAAAAAAGAGCUGGAAGUUCAUACAGAAGCUGUAGCUGCUGAAGCAUCUAAAGACAGGAAAUUGCGUGAACAGAGUGAGCACUAUUCUAAGCAACUGGAAAAUGAAUUAGAGGGACUGAAGCAAAAGCAAAUUAGUUACUCACCAGGAGUAUGCAGUAUAGAACAUCAGCAAGAGAUAACCAAACUAAAGACUGAUUUGGAAAAGAAAAGUAUCUUUUAUGAAGAAGAAUUGUCUAAGAGAGAAGGAAUACACGCAAAUGAAAUUAAAAAUCUGAAGAAAGAACUGCAUGAUUCAGAAGGCCAGCAGCUUGCUCUCAACAAAGAAAUUAUGAUUUUGAAAGACAAAUUGGAAAAAAACAGGAGGGAGAGUCAAAGUGAAAGGGAAGAAUUUGAAAAUGAGUUCAAACAACAGUAUGAACGAGAAAAAGUAUUAUUAACUGAAGAAAAUAAAAAACUGACAAGUGAACUUGAUAAGCUUACUGCUUUGUAUGAGAACUUAAGUACACGUAACCAGCAGUUAGAAGAAGAGGUAAAAGACCUAGCAGACAAGAAAGAAUCAGUUGCACAUUGGGAAGCCCAAAUCACAGAAAUAAUUCAGUGGGUCAGUGAUGAAAAGGAUGCACGAGGAUAUCUUCAGGCCUUAGCUUCUAAAAUGACAGAAGAAUUGGAAGCAUUAAGAAAUUCCAGCUUGGGUACACGAGCAACAGAUAUGCCCUGGAAAAUGCGUCGUUUUGCAAAACUGGAUAUGUCAGCUCGAUUGGAGUUACAGUCAGCUCUGGAUGCAGAAAUAAGAGCCAAACAGGCUAUCCAAGAAGAACUGAAUAAAGUUAAAGCAUCUAACAUCAUAACAGAAUGUAAACUAAAAGAUUCAGAGAAGAAGAACUUGGAACUACUAUCAGAAAUCGAACAACUGAUAAAGGACACUGAAGAGCUUAGAUCUGAAAAGGGUAUAGAGCACCAAGACUCACAGCAUUCUUUCUUGGCAUUUUUGAAUACGCCUACCGAUGCUCUGGAUCAAUUUGAAGAUUCCUUUUCUUCUUCCUCAUCUUCACUGAUUGAUUUUUUGGAUGACCGCUCUCCAUCCUGUACUCCAGCUAGCAAAGGCAGACGUACUGAUCCCGUUGAGAACACAUAUGUACGGAAUCCGAACGUCAAGUUUUACAUCCAGUCGAGGUCCACAUCUCCUUCCACAUCUAGUGAAGCUGAGCCAGUUAAGACUGUAGAUUCUACUCCACUUCCAGUUCACACACCAACCUUAAGGAAAAAGGGAUGCACUGGUUCCACUGGCUUUCCACCUAAGCGCAAGACUCAUCAGUUUUUUGUCAAAUCUUUUACUACUCCUACCAAGUGUCAUCAGUGUACCUCUUUGAUGGUGGGUUUGAUAAGACAGGGCUGUUCCUGUGAAGUGUGUGGAUUUUCAUGUCACAUAACUUGUGUAAACAAAGCUCCAACCGCUUGUCCAGUUCCUCCUGAACAGACGAAAGGUCCUCUGGGUAUAGAUCCACAGAAAGGAAUAGGAACAGCAUAUGAAGGUCAUGUCAGGAUCCCGAAGCCAGCCGGAGUGAAGAAAGGAUGGCAGAGAGCACUGGCUGUCGUUUGUGAUUUCAAACUCUUUCUGUACGAUAUUGCUGAAGGAAAAGCAUCUCAGCCCAGUGUUGUAGUCAGUCAAGUGAUUGACAUGAGGGAUGAAGAAUUUUCUGUGAGUUCAGUCUUGGCUUCUGAUGUUAUUCAUGCAAGUCGAAAAGAUAUACCCUGUAUAUUUAGAGUCACAGCUUCCCAGCUCUCAGCAUCUAAUAACAAAUGUUCAAUCCUGAUGCUGGCAGAUAGUGAGAAUGAGAGGAGUAAGUGGGUGGGAGUGCUGAGUGAACUGCACAAGAUUUUGAAGAAGAACAAAUUCAGAGACCGCUCAGUCUAUGUUCCCAAAGAGGCUUAUGACAGCACUCUACCCCUCAUUAAAACAACCCAGGCAGCUGCAAUCAUAGAUCAUGAAAGAAUAGCUUUGGGGAAUGAAGAAGGGUUAUUUGUUGUACAUGUCACCAAAGAUGAAAUUAUUAGAGUUGGUGACAAUAAGAAGAUUCAUCAGAUUGAACUCAUUCCAAAUGAUCAGCUUGUUGCUGUGAUCUCAGGACGAAAUCGUCAUGUACGACUUUUUCCUAUGUCAGCUUUGGACGGGAGAGAGACUGAUUUUUAUAAGCUGGCAGAAACUAAAGGGUGUCAAACCAUAACUUCUGGAAAAGUGCGUCAUGGAGCUCUUACUUGCCUGUGUGUGGCUAUGAAAAGACAGGUCCUCUGUUAUGAACUAUUUCAGAGCAAGACUCGUCACAGAAAAUUUAAGGAAAUUCAAGUCCCAUAUAAUGUCCAGUGGAUGGCGAUCUUCAGUGAGCAACUCUGUGUGGGAUUCCAGUCUGGAUUUCUGAGAUACCCCUUGAAUGGAGAAGGAAGUCCAUACAGCAUGCUCCAUUCAAACGACCAUACGCUCUCCUUUAUUACACAUCAACCAAUGGAUGCCAUCUGCGCAGUUGAAAUCUCCAGUAAAGAGUAUCUGCUGUGUUUUAACAGCAUUGGGAUAUACACUGACUGCCAGGGCCGGAGAUCUAGGCAGCAGGAGUUGAUGUGGCCGGCAAAUCCUUCCUCUUGUUGUUACAAUGCACCGUAUCUCUCAGUGUAUAGUGAAAAUGCAGUUGAUAUCUUUGAUGUGAACUCCAUGGAAUGGAUUCAGACUCUCCCACUCAAAAAGGUUCGACCCUUAAACAGUGAAGGAUCACUAAAUCUCUUAGGGUUGGAGACAAUUAGAUUAAUAUAUUUCAAAAAUAAGAUGGCAGAAGGGGAUGAACUGGUAGUUCCUGAAACAUCAGAUAAUAGUCGGAAACAAAUGGUUAGAAAUAUUAACAAUAAAAGACGUUAUUCCUUCAGAGUCCCAGAAGAGGAAAGGAUGCAACAGAGGAGAGAGAUGCUACGAGAUCCAGAAAUGAGAAAUAAAUUAAUUUCUAACCCAACUAAUUUUAACCACAUAGCACACAUGGGUCCAGGAGAUGGAAUACAGAUCCUAAAAGACCUGCCCAUGCCGGGUUUCCCUUAUCCAUCCCCUCAGCAUCACUCCGGUCUGAUCUCCUCUCCGAUCAACUUUGAGCACAUCUAUCACAUGACUGUUAAUUCUGCCGAAAAAUUUCUCUCUCCUGAUUCCAUAAACCCCGAAUAUUCCCCGUCUCUACGCUCUGUCCCCGGUACACCAAGCUUUAUGACUCUGAGGAACCCUCGGCCUCAGGAAAGUCGGACAGCAUUCAGUGGCUCAGUCAGCAUUCCAUCUAUCACCAAAUCCCGCCCUGAACCCGGUCGCUCCAUGAGCGCCAGCAGUGGCCUGUCAGCAAGGUCAUCCGCACAGAAUGGCAGUGCGUUAAAGAGAGAAUUCUCUGGAGGGAGCUACAGUGCGAAGCGGCAGCCCAUGCCCUCCCCAUCUGAGGGCUCACUGUCUUCAGGAGGCAUGGACCAAGGCAGUGACGCCCCAGCGAGGGACUAUGAUGGAGAGGACUCGGAUUCUCCGAGGCAUUCCACGGCUUCCAACAGCUCCAACCUGAGCAGCCCUCCCAGCCCCGUGUCGCCCCGAAAGACCAAGAGCCUCUCCCUGGAGAGCACCGACCGUGGGAGCUGGGACCCCUGAAUGGCCUCCCGCUCUGAGCUCCCCUCCACUCACCUUCUCCCACUUUCCUCUCCUCCUCCACCUCUGCCUGAAAACUCCCGGCGGAGCGGUAGCAGUAGCAAGGCCGGGACCGAGGACCUGCAUCCGCCCCCGAGACUUAACAGCAACCAUAAAGGCAGACUUUCAUUGAGCAGCUUAGAUUAAUAUUCAUUUCAUUUCAUACACUUAGAGUUGCUUUCCAUAAUACUUCACCCCUCCCCCAAAGGUAGCUUAAGUAGACAGAUUACACAGAUGUAAGCGAUAAGAAUAAGAUUAGACAGACGUUGUUUCCACAGUAGAGUCUCGUUGUAGCCCUGAGACAGCACCUGGGGCUCGCCACCGGGUCCCGGGCAGGUGCCAAGCCCAUUCAGCACCGCCGUGAAUGUCCCCUGAUCGUUGCCAGUAAAUCCCCGUUCGCUAAAACGAUGCAUAUUUUACUACAAUACAGAGUUUAAGUAAAUACACAAAUGUAGAGGUUAAAUACUGAAUGUAUAUAGUAAAAAGAAGCAUCUUGUAUUCAAUGAAAGAUGGAUGCAUAUAUGAGAGAGAGAUCAUUUAAUUUAAAGAAAUGUGUUGUUUCUCGUCUUUUCCAACUAAGUAAUUAAUGGUAGGAAGGCCUCAAGCUGACAUUUACAGAGGGAGAGCUGGGGACUGAGAGUUCUUCUAGUGCCGUUGCUCAGACUGGUCGCGGUCACCUGGGAGCUUUAGGAGGCGUUUGGAGGCUUCGGUUUCAUUGGUUUGGAGUGUGACCUAGGAACCAGACUUCGAACAUUUUUGAAGCCUCUCAGCAGCAUCAUUAAAAGGCAAAUUUACUUCUAUCCAAGACAUUUCUUUUUCUAGUGGUAGAAUUUGAACCUCACUUCUCAUUUAUUAUUUUAUUUUGGUACCUUUUGCAGACGAAUGUAGAAAUGCAGUUUUGUCACCUGGAUCCCUUCCAUCUGAAAGGACAGAAGAAAGUCAUAGUUUCUGAAGGCCCAUAAAGAAGUUCAUAAAAGUGCUUUUUUCCUUGGCUGAUCCUCUCUCUCCCUGAGUUGCAGUGAGGCAUCUGUCCCCCAGCUGAGCUGGCUUCUUGGUGAGAGUAUGUUUUGGGGUGAGGGGGUGUGAGUUUCCUCAGAUAAGCCUGGGAAGAAGAGUUUAAUUACCAAAUAAUAUAAAACCUCAAAUGCAAGGACUUGAACAGCCUUAACCAAAUAUUCUUUCCAUACCCAGUGGGGAAUGGACGUGUUCAGCCCAGGGCACUGGCAGGAAGGCAGCCCAGUGAGGCCAUCUUGACUGCGUAAGCGUUUCCUCCCUUAGUUGCUGUAUUGUGUUGUUAGUCACAUUUCCAUUUGAAUUCCUGCUGUUUUAAUUACCACAAGGAAAUGAGAUGCAGAACUUUAUUUCUCUAGAGUCAUUUCACCAGUUAAGCACAGAAGUAGAGAAAGAGCUAGAAAUAAAAAUAUUCUCGUGGGAGUAAACAGGAUCUGCCUCUCUUUUACUUUAUAUCUAAAUUUCUCUGAGAGAAAGAUUUUCUUUCUUCUUUAAAAUUCAACUAAAAUGGAAUUGUUUUCCUGCAGUAGCUCGUCUGAAUUGCAGUGUUUGAACUCAGUCAUUUCAGCCCUGAUUUCACAGCCUUCUCCUCAGCCACAGCUGUGCCCACCUUCCCACCACAGGCCAUGGGGAGCCAGACUAUUCUCAAGUUGAUGCUAAUCUCUGGAGCAGGUUACUGAGGUUCAGUGAGGGAAGAAAGAAUUCUGUUUGAGGAUUAUAUUGUAAAAUGUUACAAUAGUGAAUUUAAAAUAAUAAGAGCUUUGACAUUUAAACAUUCUGAACUCGGUGCUUGCUCAGAUUUGAUUAUGUUUUACUUUGGAUGGGCACAAAUUACUGCACAACUCUAAUUUUCUAAAUCCUUUGCUUUCAGAAAAAAGGGUGUCAUGUAAAAUCCUUUUGUGCAUCCAGAUAUCAAGAGUCAGACCUUGAGUCUGCCGUGACUCUGGUAGCUCCUUAAACUUGGCACUUCCCCGAGAGAGGAGGGAACCGGCUCUCCCCGCGUCCUCCACACCCUCCCUCUCCCCUUCCUUCCUCCCCGUGCCUCUUCCUGCCUCCCUUUUCUCUCCUGCCUGAGGAGGCGGAGCUGGCUGAGAGUGACAGGACUCCACACUAAGCUAUGCCAUUCAUUUAUAGCUUUGACAGCUUAGUUUCUGUAGGUUUUUUAAUUUUUUAAAAGAUGCUUAUAGGAUCAAAAUAGAACCAUCCCUGAAGUCUGUGCUCCACUGCAGUGAGUCAUACCCCUGCAGACUUCCAACAGGGCAGAUGAGAGUCCUGAGGGCUCGUCCUGGCUGCUGGGCUCACAGGGAGGUGGAAUAUCAACCCAGCAGACUGUACCCCAGUCAUGUGAAGUGGUCUUACCAGUAGUAAGAGAGCAGUCCCAAAUAUGAUGUUUCCAACAGCAGGGCUUUGAGGGAGAAUCACUGCCCAGGGUAGUAGUUUGGAGGGUAUUUUCCCAAGAUAAUGAUCAUUCUACUGGGCUUAUCCCCAUUCUUAAAUAUGAAGCAGUUACCUUCAGAAGCUUCUGAGAAGAAUGAUUUGAAAAGAUGGGGAAUGGGUUCUAGAGAGACAGAAAACAUAAUGAUCAUUCAAAGGGAUCAGUAACAAAGAUCAUAGAAAAGAUGUGAUAUUGCUGUCUGAAGUCAUCCUUUGUUUUUGGCCAGGAUGUUUAAAGAAACGUAUGUGGCAGCAGGAACUCACUUCUCUUCUCAGCAGAAAGGAAAGAUGAAUAGAGAGGCAUUGCUGGCAUAGUCUAGAUGUGUUGGUAUUUGGUGCUAUCUACGUUCAGCCAAUUUGUCGUCUUCUCCUGAAUUACGACUAGUUUAAUCUUGCUGUGUGCUUUAGGUGUAUGAAAUUACAUAUAUAUAUAUAUAUAUCUUUUUGCCAAAAAACAAAAGCCUUCCUCCUUGUAAAAUGAUUGCUAAAGCAGAUUUCACUUCUUGUCACGUGUGUACACACACACAGGCACGCACGCACUUAUCCCGACUCUUAGUGAUUUAUCUCUUUUCCAGGGAGCACAGUUUUAAGGCUAUGAAAUACAACUAAAAACAGCCCAUCUAUUUAGUUUUCCAAGCUAUUCUUGUACCCAUGCUUCAGGGAAGAAUCUGAAAUUCCUAUUAUGUUUACAGCAACAAUCUGUCAUUUCCCAGCUGGCUCUCAGCCUCUGCCUGCCUUCCAUAUGGGUAGGAUCACGUCAUUUUGUUACUCAGUGGCCACAUCUGCUUCUGUGAAAGACCAGUUGCAUUUAUAUGGACUCUCAGGUAUCAUUAAAGAAAAACCAGAGUAGGAGUGGGCGGACAUCCCUAACCCCCAGGUACAGCAGGGCCGUUUGCUAGCCUCUGGCCACGAACACCGUGGUCUCCCAGCUAAGCGGGGCCUUGCAGAGCUCGGCAUCCACUCUCUGGACCGAGGGCGCAUUCUCAGCAGUGGUCAGACUUUGCCAUUGCCUGGUCCGCAGGGCAUGACAGGGAAGUGACUGGGCACCUGGCUCCCUGCCUUGCCCUGGCCCAGUCCCUGAUUAACUAGAUAAGCCACAUGGCAUUUCGUCGGGCCCUUCUUAAAAUCUUUCCUUGUUAUGACUUCAUGCCACAAGUCCAGAGUUCUUCGCAGAGUCCUGCUCGGUAAGAGGGCCUCGCUUCCGCUGGAGCUCUGUCUCCUGCCCAGCACUUCCUUCCCGGGGACAGCCAGUCCACAUAGAAACCAUUGCAUUUAAGGGGGGAAACUGAUGAAAAAUCAACCUGGAAACUUCAUGAAAACAAAAUGACCUGCCUUUUUAUUUGAUAGUGUAAUAUCAUUUAUUUUAUAAAUUUUUUAGGGUUUUUUCUCAUUGUAAUAUUAUUGUACAGUUUUGCAUGGCCUGGGUGUAAUCAUUUUUUGGUUUAGAAUAUAAUGCUGACAAAUAAGUGUGUAUGGAAGGGGAAAAGAUACUGCUUUGGCCUCUUAUCACUCCUUAUUUCAUUUUGUUUGGUUUUAUGCCCUCAACGUCUUAGGGAACUUUAUAAGAGAUUCUCUGCUACCAAACAAUGGUGUGGAUUCUUUUGCACAGAAAUAUUUAAGGCGAGACAGUCAAAAAUGUAACAAAAGACUCCUCGCCCAUAUUUUAUGUUGGUAUCACUUAAUAUUAACCAGACGCUGAUGUAUUGCAAUAAAACAGGGAACUGUUAGGAUUGAGUAUUUUGUCUUUUUUUUGCUGAUUAAAGUCUGAGGAAUGGA